AGAGGGAGAGAGAGAAAGAGAGAGAGUGAGAGAACCUCUCUCCAACUCUCCAACUCCUGUGGGGCACAAACCAGGCCCGAAUGGUGGUUGGAGCAGCGCUGAACCCUGAAUGCACCACCUGGGACCUCGAGCCCCCUUUCCAGACAACCCUGGUUGGAAGAAGACAUUGAACAGAGAUCUGAUUCCCGCCCCCCUGACCUCCCACCCCUUGGGAAUCUCAGGCUCCAAGACUAACCCGCUCUGAGGACCUGUGCCCCACCCCGGCCCACCAGAUUGCCGUCUCUGAAAAAUGUCCAUCAGGGGAUUGAAGAAGAAGCAGCCGAAGACUUUCAAGGUCAAAGUGGGGACGAUGGACGCAGAGAUGGAGUUCAGCUGUGAGAUGAAAUGGAAGGGGAAGGACCUGUUCGAUUUGGUGUGCAAAGCCCUGGGCCUGAGGGAGAGCUGGUUCUUUGGCUUGCAGUACACUUCCAAGGGAAUGAGCGUCUGGUUGAAAAUGGAAAAGAAGGUUUUGGAGCAAGAAAUUCCAAAAGAAGAUCCGAUUAAAUUUCGGUUUGUGGCCAAGUUUUAUCCUGAAAAGGUGGAAGAAGAGCUCCUUCAGGAAAUCACCCAACACCUCUUCUUCCUGCAGGUGAAGCAGCAGAUUUUGGAUGAAGAGAUCUACUGCUCUCCAGAGGCCACCGUACUGCUCGCCUCGUACGCCGUCCAGGCCAAGUUCGGGGACUACGACCCCAGCUUCCAUGAGCCCGGAUUCCUGGCCCAGGAGGAGCUCUUACCUAAAAGAGUGCUCAAGCAGUAUCAGAUGACGGCAGAUAUGUGGGAAGAAAAGAUAACGGCCUGGUAUGCAGAGCACCGGGGCACGGCCAGGGACGAAGCGGAGAUGAAUUACCUGAAGAUCGCACAGGAUCUGGACAUGUAUGGGGUCAACUACUUCCCCAUCGCACAAAAUAAACGGCAGACGGACCUCCUGCUGGGCGUCGACGCCAAGGGGGUUCACGUCUACAGCGUCGACAACCGCUUCUCGCCCAACAAGUCCUUCGAGUGGAGUGGAAUCAGGAACAUUUCCUACAGCGAGAGAGAGCUCACCAUUAAGCCGCUUGACAAAAAAGCUGAAGUUUUCAAGUUUUUUUCCUCACAGCUGAAAGUGAACAAAUUGAUCCUGCAGUUGUGCAUCGGGAACCACGACCUGUUCAUGCGCCGGCGCAGAGUCGACCCCGUGGAGAUCCAGCACAUGAAGGCCCAGGCCAAGGAGGAGAAGGCACGGAAAAAGAUGGAGCAUCAGAGGUUGGCCAGGGAGAAGCAGCUGAGAGAAGAAGCAGAGCGAGCCAAAGGCGAGCUGGAGAGGAGAUUGUUCCAGCUGGAAGCCGAGGCCAGGCAGGCCAACGAGGCCUUGCUCCACUCCCAGGAGACAUCGGAGCUGCUGGCCGAGAAGGCCCAGAUCGCCGAGGAGGAGGCCAAGCUGCUGGCCCAGAACGCGGCCGAGGCGGAGCAGGAGCGGCAGCGGCUGGAGCUCGCCGCCCUGAAGACCAAGGAGGAGAAACGCCUCAUGGAGCAGAAGAUGAGGGAGGCCGAGCUGAUUGCCGUGAAGCUGGUCAAGGAGUCCGACCGGAGAACCAAAGAGGCCGAACACCUGAAACAAGAUCUGCAGGAAGCCAGAGAGGCGGCCCGCAAGGCCAAGCUGAGGCUGCUGGAGGUGACGCGCCUCUGUGCUCCGGCGAUCGGGUACCCGGGCCUCCCCCUGGCAGAACCCAGAGACGCCGGUUCUGAGAGAGGCUUCGUGAAGCAGGACCUGAAGGACGCAGACCUAAAGCGCCUGUCCCUGGAGAUUGAGAGAGAGAGGCUAGAUUACCUGGAGAAGAGCAGAAAGUUUGAAGACCGACUGAAGGAACUCAAGUUGGAAAUCCAGGCCAUGAAACUCGAGGAGAAACAAGCUGGGGCGUUCCCACCCUGGGAUGGGGCCCCGGGGCCCCCAGGCCACGCUCUAGGGAAGGCCGCGUCCUGGACGCCGACCUUCACGGGAAGAGCCGCCUUGGAUGAAAAUAUGCCCGCGUCCUUCCCCGCUCACCCCGCCCACGCUCCGGGCAGCUGGGUCUACACCGGCCACUGCCUCCAACCCACAGUGGGAAAAAACGCUUUUCCGACCGACACCCCGGUCUCCAGGAACGCAGGGACGGCGGCCCGAAGAAACAUCAUCAAGGUUCAACAGCACGAGUCCGACGUGAUCUACAUCUGACGAGGCCGGAACCCUCACAGGGGAGGGAGCAGAGGCGCCGGCGGACCCCCGGGGCGUGGCAGCCCGCGGCUGCUCCGAAGCCAGGGGUCCAAGGGAACCAGGGAGGGUCCGCCCGACCCCGGGAGCCCUCUCGGAGCCGAAGGCGACGGGAUGCUCCGCUAGCCAAGUUUUCCCCGCGAUGGGGUCCCGCGGCAGUGAAGUCGCUGGGUCCUGGGGGCCUGCUGUGCCCUGGAAGCUGAGGCCAGGGAAGCCCCGAGUGCCAACGCCACGUCCAAAGCCCGCCGCCGUGUUCUUUCCCAGCGCCGCUUAAUACAGUCCUCUGCACCCUUGAAGUGCCCUUACCGCUAUGGCAACUUAAAAAGUAGCACCGGCUCACGGCAGAGGAGAAAGCCUCUGGCUUCGCACUCCUUUGCACAGAGGUGGAGAAUGCCGGGCCGGAACUCGGGGGCCGACCCCGCAUCAGGGGCUCCUCCAGCCGCGCCCCACCCCCAGCUCCCUUAGAAAAGUUGCUGGCUGUAGAGGAGGCGCCCUCGUCCACGGGAGAGGCCGCCAGACGCCGAACCCCUCCGUCGGAAGGGGGACCGGAUCCACUGAACCCGGGAGGCCGGGUCGGUUCAGCCUCGCAACCUCUCCCGCCGCCAGUGACGGCAAAGACACGCAUCGCAAGGCAGCGUUACCCCGACUCCGUAAAUCCUCGGGGGUCUGCAGUCCGCUUCCCCAAAGGCCCCCUCCUCCAGGCCGUUUCAGUGGCGGGAUCCGUCACUGCUCUCGGGGACGGGGGGCAGGGGAACGUGUGCGGGGACGCCUCCCGAAGGCGCGGGCAGGCACCCGGGCCGUUGGCCUUUCCCCCCUCCGCCUGCCGGAGGGAGCGCCGAGGCCCCGCUGCCCAGACUGACAUCGAAGCGUGACGGGGCCGGGCUCCGUUAGCCGGGCGGGGCCGACGGCCCCCAGGAGGCCCGGUCCAGGCUGGGAGCUCGGCCUCCAUUUGUGUUGGUUUGCUAUUUUCCUCAAAAGAAAUUCUCAAAAGGGAAAACCGUACCAUUUGUCGAAACACAAUGCGCACUUCUGGAUGUCGUGGGUGGGGGGGAUCUUUUCUUCCAGAAUGCAGACUCCCUGAGGGCAAAAAUUAGCUUUCUUGUUUUUUAACAGUUCUCUUUUAGUUACUGUGGGAAGGAGACAGAAGUCAUUUUAAGGGAUUCCCCCAGGAGACAGAUGGAUAAUAAUAUCACCGUUACUACCGCUAGUUGGAGAAGGCACAGUCCUUCUAAACUGACUCCAGAGCCGAGGGAAAUAUGAAGGAGGCUGCCUGGGAACAAAGAAGCAACGGAUUCAUAA